AUGCUCGAGCCCUACGGCGCGGUGCGCGUCGUGGCUCGUCUUGCCGGCGGCACCGACACACCGCAGCCGAACGAACCCGAGGCCCGAGCCGAAAUGGAACAGCUGGAAGCGCUGUUCCUCGGAAUUGCCCGCGAACGGGGCAUGACCUGGCAAGAUAUUGCCUUCGGACUCGGGCUCGGCAGCACCUGCUGCCCGCCAGCGCUACGAACGGCCCGUUCGCCGCACCGGAGGCUGAACACGUGCCAUAACGAGCGAGUUGGAGCACUAUUGACUCCAAGGAGUCGCAUAUAUGACGACGCAUAUUCAAGAUCAAAUCCUGACCGACGCGAGAUCACCUCAGCCCUCGUGCGUGCGCUGGAGCGUCGCCACGAGGUGCUGGACGCAGUGGUCGACAGCAAGGACCACCAGGAGGCACUGACCACCGUCGCGGAACUGCUCGGCACGUCGGAAGCAAAUGCCGAAGCAGUUCUGAGCCUCAAGUUCAGUGCGCUCACCAAGGCUGCGCGCGAUCGCAUCCAGGGCGAGCUGGAGAAUCUCGACGCCACUCUCGAAUGGACGACGCUCGAUCGUCCCGCGAGCAGCGGGCAGAACUUCACCCUGCGUCCGUUCAGCGACAGCGCAGAAGACAAGUCGCUGUUCACGAUUCGUUCGGGCGAGCAGCUGGCGAAGACGGCAAGCCGUGGAGCGAGGAUCGGAUCGAAGCUGAGCGCGUCGGUGGCCCCGGCCGGAUCGACGACGAGACCGCUGCCUGAGGUCAACGUGGCGAUCUGGAUCGCGCCGGAAUCUCGCAAGAAGGGCUACGGCACAGCCUGCGUGAAGCAUUCUCGGCGCGAGCUCGCCGCAGAGUUCCCUGGCACCGUGUUGGUGGUUCGCGCCUGCGUAGCCGGCACAUCACCUGUGAGUGGU